AUGCAUAUCAAGCAGAUAACCAUUCAAGGCUUCAAGAGCUACAAGAAUCAGACAGUUGUCUACCCAUUCUCGCCAAAACUCAACGUUAUCGUCGGUCGCAAUGGCUCGGGCAAGAGCAACUUCUUUGCCGCCAUCCGAUUCGUCCUUGCCGAUGCUUAUUCAACGAUGGGACGAGAAGAGCGCCAGGCCCUCAUCCACGAAGGGUCCGGCUCCGCAAUCAUGUCCGCCUACGUGGAGAUAGUGUUUGAUAAUUCGGACGGUCGAUUCCCAACCGGAAACGACGAGCUCAUCCUACGCCGUACGAUCGGCCUCAAGAAAGAUGAAUAUUCGCUUGAUCGGAGGGUUGCGACGAAACAAGAUGUCAUGCAGCUACUUGAAAAUGCAGGAUUCUCGCGCGCAAAUCCAUAUUACAUCGUCCCCCAAGGUCGCAUCACCAGACUGACCAACAUGAAAGACUCGGAGCGGCUGAAUGUCUUGAAGAGCGUGGCAGGUACACAGCAAUUUGUCGUUAAAAAGGAAGAGUCACAGAAGAUCAUGAAUGAUACAAGCAACAAACUAGCCACUAUUGACCAAACAUUCGAGCAGAUCGAAGACCGCCUCAGGGAACUGGAAGAGGAGCAAGCAGAACUCCGAGAUUACCAAGAAAAAGACCGCCAAAAGCGCGCCCUGGAAUACACUCUGUUCCAUCGAGAGCAGGAGGAGAUUAAUAAGGCCUUGGCUGAGUUGGAGGGUCGAAGAGUGGACGGCAUUGACGAUGUCGACGAGAAUCGUGAACGCUACUCUCAAUGCGAGGAUGAACUGGCUAGUAUUUCUCAGCAAAUUCAGGAGCUCAACCGUCAAAUUUACACCGCACGGCUUGAGAAAAGACAGUACGAAGAAGAAAAGCGUGAAAAGGCAAGAGCACGAGCCCAAGUGGAGUUGGAGGGGAGGAACCUCGUCCACGGCCAAGCCGCGGCUCAACGUGCCAAGGUGAAUCGUGACAGAGAGCUGAAACAACUUCGAGCGCAGAUAAAGGAGAUCGAGGAAGAGCUGCGGGAAGUCAUCCCACAAUUUGAGGCGGAGAGGGCAAAAGAACAGUCCGUCAAAACUCGCCUGGAGGAAGCGUUCGCUAUGCAGCAGCGACUGUAUUCAAAACAAGCGAGGGGAGCUCGAUUCAAGUCAAAGAAAGAUCGAAACGACUGGCUUCAGACGCAGAUCGACGAAACAUUCCAGUCUCUAUCCCGUUUCAAGGCCACCCGCAUGCAGACCGCCGAGGGUAUUGCAGAGGACGAAAAGUUGAUUUCCAGUCUCGAGCGGGAGAUCGAAACUCUUCAGAAAAGCGUCGGCGAGCGCGACGAUUCCAUUGAUCAAAGCAUCAAAGCCGCCAAUGACAGAAAAGACGCCUUGAUGGACGAACGAAGGACGUUAUGGCGCAGAGAAGCGCAAUUAGACUCAGAAUACGUGGUGGCCCAAGAUGACGUUAGAAAAGCUGAACGCAAUCAAUCACAUACGAUGGAUGGCAACACUAGUCGAGGUCUGGAUGCUGUUCGGCGGAUUAAGGAGCAGUACAAACUGGAAGGUUGCUACGGCCCGCUGGCCGAGCUGAUUGAUGUUCCUCAACACCACACAGCUGUGGAAGUCGUUGCUGGAAAUUCUCUCUUCCACUAUGUCGUCGACAGUGACGAUACAGCUUCCACGAUCAUGAGUAUCUUAAACAGGGAGCAUGCCGGCCGUAUCACUUUCAUGCCGUUGAAUCGUCUCAAGCCGCAAACGGCAAACUUCCCAAAUGCGCAAGAUGCGAGACCGCUCAUGUCGCUCAUGAAAUACGACGCGAGAUAUGAGAAGGCCGUCCAACAAGUAUUUGGCAAAGCCAUCAUUGCACAGAACCUCAGCGUCGCAGCACAGUAUGCUCGAACUCAUGGCUUGACAGCGGUGACACCAGAGGGCGACAAGUCUGACAAGAAAGGUGCAUUGACCGGUGGCCACCACGAUAUCCGCUCUUCCAGGCUCAAAGCUACGAAGGCGGUCAUAACAGCUCGCGAGAAAUUCGAAAGAAUCAAGACGGAGAGCAACGAUAACAAGAGGAAGAUCGAAAAGAUCGACCAGACGAUCACCAAGGCCAUGAGCGAGGUCCAGAAAUUCGAGCAACAAAAGAGCCAAUCUGAGAGCGCCCAGAUAUUAAUCAGACAAGAGAUCCGAAACAAGAUGGAGACGCUCCAACGCAAGAAAGAUGACCUUGAGGCGAAGAAGAAGCAGGAGGUGGCGAUAGCGACAAAUGUCAAGGCCUUGACCGAUCAACAAAAUGCAUACCAAGCUGAGUUGAGCUCGGACUUUAAGACGACACUGAGCACAGCUGAAGAGCGGCAGCUAGAAAGUCUUGCGGCCAGCAUCCAGAAGUUGAGGCGCGAAUACAACGAUCUCUCUACGUCUAGAACGGAAAUUGAGACCAGAAAGGCUGACUUAGAAGCUCGAUUGACCUUAAGCCUGAAACCUCAGCUCGCAGCGCUAGAAUCCGACGAUGUGGAUGAUGAGGCCAGCAGCUCUUCUAAUUUGCGCGCUAAGAAAACGGAAUUGGCACGUCUGACCAAAGAACUCGAUUCUGUUCAACGAUAUCUUGAUGAUCUUGAGGACAAGGUAGAGACUUCGGCGACUCAAAUCGCCAAGCUUGAGUCUCAAGCGGACAAGAUCAGAGAGCAACAAGAAGAGUUGGCCAAGGCGCUUGAGCGUCACCAGCGGCGUCUGGAAAAAUCUGUCCAGAAAAAGGCUGCUCUGCUGGUCUCGAAGCAGGAAACCGUGGAGAAAAUUCGCGAACUCGGCGCGGUCGAUGAGGAUUUGCGGCUGAAGUAUGAGAAUGUUGAUUCCAACGCCAUAGUCAAGAAGCUCCACAAGGUCAAAGAAGCUCUGAAAAAGUACAGCUCCGUCAACAAGCAUGCCUUUGAACAUUACCGAUCAUCGAUGAGGGCGCGGGAAGAGCUCACUACAAGACGGAGGGAACUCGAAGCCGGGAAGUCAGCCAUCGAGAACCUGAUUCAAGUUCUCGACCAGAGGAAGGACGAAGCCAUUGAACGCACUUUCAAGCAGGUUAGCAAGGCGUUUGCAGAAGUGUUUCAGAGACUUGUCCCUGCCGGUCGAGGCCGAUUGAUCAUUCAACGAAAAACAGAUGGGAGGCAACCGGAGGAUGACGGUGAAGAAUCGGAUGCUGAACCUGUCGCCAAACAAGGUGUUGAGAAUUACACCGGCGUGGGUAUCAGUGUCAGCUUCAACAGCAGACACGACGAGCAACAGCGCAUUCAGCAGUUGAGUGGUGGCCAGAAGAGUCUUUGCAGUCUUGCUCUUAUCUUCGCCAUCCAAGCAACCGACCCGGCACCAUUCUACAUCUUCGAUGAGAUUGAUGCGAACCUCGACGCACAAUACCGAGCCGCUGUGGCCGAGCACCUUUUGUGGCUUGCCAACCGAGGCGAUGACGAACCCGUGAAUGGCGACGACAGGCCGUUAGGAGGACAGUUCAUCUGCACGACAUUCAGACCUGAAAUGCUGAGAGUGGCGGACAAGUGUUUCGGGGUGCGUUUCGCCAACAACGUGAGCAGUAUUAAAGAAGAAACGAAGGAAAAUGCGCUAGAGUUUAUCGAGAGCCAAGCACAAUGA